GACUUGAUUGUUGUUUGGAACAAUCUAAACAAUCUUGAAAAAGUGAGCCAUGUUUGAACAAUUAAUUGAGAAUCCAAAUUUUAAUAUUGCUCUUAUUCUAAUUGCUGAAGCUUUACAUGAUGCUGAUUAUAUCAAAGCUCAUGGUAAGGGUAAAUUCACAUGCUUCACUACUUUUGUCACGCCCCAGAACCCAAAUCCGAGACGCGACAGACGCCGUGCACUCGUGAGACGGGUCCCAUAAGUGCACAAAGCUCGGAACUUAUUCAAAUCACAAUCUGAUACCACAAAAUCUCAAGAUCAAAUUCUUACAAUCUGCUCUGAUAUCAUAAAAUCUCCAAAUACACUCUAGCUUACAGGAUCAUGACUUAUUUCUAAAUCUAUGUCAAUCUCGAAAUGGCUAGCCUUCUAACUUGUCACUCCCCUUGAUUUUCCCGUCCUCGCUUUCACUUCCUGAAAUGGUGGACAAGGAAAACUAUGAGAUAACUCAGUAAGUAAAUAUGGAUAGCCCUUGGGUAAAACUUUUAACAUGCCAGAUAAACCAUGUAAACAUAGCAAAACUUUCACUGAUAAUCCGUUAAUGCGGAAAUCAAGUUCAUUUCAAUAGCAAAACGUUCAAUGACAAAACUGUUACUGUAGAAUCAGAUUCAGUUCAAUAACAAAACAUCUCAUAACAAACCGUUAAUGCUGAAGAAAACUCAGUUCAGUAG